GUUGUUGGUUUCACUAUGGAUACAACACAAAUCUGCAAGGCUGAAUUUGGUUCAGCAGCCCAUGAUGUGGACAACUCAUGGGAUGAUGAACUCCAAAAACUGGAACAAACCCUCCCUAAAGAAGAAGGUUGGAUCAGUGGAAUGAGUCUUUAUCUCUAUCAAGGCUUUUGGUGCUCAGGAGCCUCAGUUCGUGAUCUCAAACCUGUGAUUUCUUUCCAGAAACAUUUCAAAGCAAUCGAUUCAGAUGUUAUCAUUGUCACUAUCCCAAAAUGUGGCACUACUUGGCUCAAGGCCUUGGCUUUCUCCACUUUGUACCGUGAUCGGUUUGCGAGUGAUCAAAAUCCAUUGCUCACCUUUACUCCUCACCAACUUGUUCGUUUCUUGCAGUAUGAUGUUUACUUGCAAAACCCUUGUCCCCGUCUCGAAAAAAAUUGUGUUUAUAAGCCAAGGGCUUUUGCCACCCACGUUCCUUAUGCUUCUUUGCCAACCUCCAUCAAAGAUUCCCACUGUAAGAUCGUUUACUUAUGUAGAAACCCCAUGGAUAUGUUCAUUUCCUUUUGGCUUUUCGCAGACAAGUUUCGAGACGAAAACCAAGAGGCACUAUCACUAGAUGAAGCUUUUGACAAGUUCUACCAUGGAAUCUAUGCAUACGGCCCGUUUUUUUAUCACGUAUUGGGUUACUAGAAGGCAAGCCAAGAAAAUCCCAACAAGAUACUGUUUUUAAAAUACGAAGAUCUUAAGGAAGACAUCAGUUCUCAGCUGAAACACUUGGCCAUAUUCUUAGGGGUUCCUUUCACAGAGCAUGAAGAGAAACAAGGAGUUGUUGAAGAAAUAGCAAAAAUUUGUAGCUUUGAGAAGUUGAAAGAACUGGAAGUGAACAAGAAGGGCUCACACAUUAUGGGGAUCCCACACAAAGAAUUUUUCAGGAAAGGGAAAGUGGGAGAUUGGAGC